ACACACAGACACCUGUACACACACACACAAACACACAUACAGACACGUAUACACACACAGGCACGUGCAUACACACAUAUACAGAAAACACACACGCACAGACACAUGUACGUACGUACAUACAUACACACAUGUACAUGCACACACAUGUACAUGCAUGCAGACACAUGCAUACACAGAGAGAAACACACACACACACACACACACACACACACACACACACACCCCCCUAUAAAAAGUUGCAGUACUUCGUUGUUCACUCACAGAGUCGGGUACUGCAGUCUAGGGGGAGGCAGAGAGCACAGCACACUCCUUGCUUUGCUUUCACUGCGCUCAGCUAUUGAGCAGUCUGGCUCCCAGUGCCAAUGACAGAUCUGGCCUGAGCUCCGAGCCUGCUCAGCAAGACAGCCCUGGGGGACACACUCUCUCCCACCAUAAUUUCCACUCGCCAUUGGCGAGCAGGCGAGUGGAAAUUUCAAGGCCUGCUUUA